GCGCUGUCGCGAACCGCCCGUGUUUAUACGCCGCCUCUACUGGGGCAGUCCGUGUGGAGCCGAGCCGACGUACCGCUCUGUCUAGUGGCUGCCGACACAGUGGCCGGCGGGAGGCGAGGGGACACGGCGAGACCCUUACUCUAUCUUCUUCCGGCAGACCGGCGAUGUGCGCACGCGUGCCGACGCCAUGAGGCUGCCCAGACUUCGGCGUCGCGACGCCUCGGUCGCGGCGUCCCCCCAGCACCAGCAGCAGUCUACGUCUUCGACGUCGACGACCGCCACUUCGACGUCGCUGCUGUGCCGGCUCGCCAGCCGCUUGCAAGCAGGGCUGCCACCGCGGGGGAUGCCUGAGGAGCUGACGACAUCCCCAGCCGACACCGCGACAUCCGACCUCAACUCGAACCACACGACCGAGCCCGUUGGCACUGCUGGAGCCACAGGCACAUCCAAUGGGAGCUUCGCAGCCAGCAAUGCGUCCUCCCAAGACCUGGACUUCAUUCAGGACAACUCGGACUACCAGUGGUUCCUGGACUACGGAUAUCGGGAGGCCCCCGGAGGCCACCACGUGAGCGUGCUGUCGUACAGCGAGGAUGCGGGGUUGCGGCACGGCGGGCCGCGCUACGACGACCUGGCGCGCGACCUGGACGCCAACCUGGCAGAGGUGGACAUGGAGGACCUCCGCACUGAGGACAUUCACUCCAUCCUCAGCACACUGCCCGCCAUGUGCUGUGCCGACAUCCAGGCCGAGAGACAGGGGGAGAUGUACGCCAGCGUUUCAGGCUCCUUGAUGGCAAAAUUCGAGUUUGAUUCGUCCGUGAGUCCACGCAGCAGCUCGCAGGCGGAGGACACGACCGGAUCGACGGACACCAUGUCCAUCUGCAAGUCGGAGCAGUUGUUCUCGCCGGUGCGGGAGUGUCCGCUGCCCGGCUGCAACUUCAGUGUCGACUCGUUGGACUGUGAGGGCCUCACGGACCACGACAUCAUGCUCACCUGCCAGGCCAACAAGGACAACUACACCAUCGCCUUCGAGGGCAGCCUCGCGCUCUGCUCAGAGGCUGACUCAGAUUAUCACGAACCGGUCGAGAGUGAUGUGGGCGGAAGUUCGGACAGCCACCACCGGUGGCAGCACCGUCCCCAACUGGGGCGGCAGCCCGCCGUGGACCAGUCGAUGGCGCGAUCCGACUCACUGUACACGACGUGGAGCAAGCUGCACAAGCGGUCCAGUGACGUCCAGCUCACACGGCAUCCGUCAGGUAACAACAACACUGCACCGGCGAUGCCGACGUCGACAGCAACAGGGGCGGCCCUGAAGAGCAGAUCCCUGCCGGACCUGUGUCCACCCAGGAGGGGGGCGCACGGCGGAGGGCGCUGCGUGCGGCUGUACGACGUGGGCGAGGGGGACCUCAGUCUGGUUCGCCUCUUCAUGCGCCAGCGCACCGGCUCCAGCAUCGCCACAGAUAGCUGCAGCCAGUCGGAAUCGGGAGCGAGUGGAAGUAACCACCGCUGCUCACUGAAUGACUGCAGCGUGUGCUGCUACAACAACAACCGCAGCAACAACAUCAUCAGUGGCAGUACCGAUGCCAUCCGGUCGGUUGCGGACAACGGCAACAGGAAUACCGAGUGCAUCAAGGCGGCAGACCCCCGAGUCGACAACUGGGUCCGUGUGGGGAAUGUCACAGGCGGUGACGAGUACUCGACCUGCUGCUUUGAAGAUAGCCUGGUCGGGCCUCCGGUGAAAGACGGCAUCGUGCACCAACAGCAGCAGCCGGAGCUGAUACGGGAGGAGACGGAGGAGUCGGAGAGCUCCUCCUCGGUGGAACAGCUCUCGGAGAGCGUGUCCAAGCUGGAGGAGUACGUCCCCGUGUCACUGCCGGUCCAGAUCCCGCCCGCCCUCGACCACAUCCGCUGCCACGAUAACAACAACGGCAGCCGGGCACUUGAAGAGAGGGCGACACAGACCAGCGUCGUCCAGUCUCGCAAUGUGGCCGCGGGCACGCCGCCGUCACCGCGCACGCUGAGCCGCGCGGUGCAGACGCUGGCAGAACACAAGCGGCGCACGUGGGUGCUGUUUCCCAACUACACGCUGCCUGACCUGGCGUUCCUGCGCAAGCACCGGCACAGGGAGCUCGACUUCCUGCUGGCCCCCCAGAAGGUCGACACUGCCGCAACUGUCGCCGUCGGUACGACCGGCGGCAAGAGGCGGCCGCGGCCGCUGUCGUGUGACGACGUCGAGGCGCUCAGGAGGAAGGGCUUCUCCCACGUCAGGGACCGUGACUCGCUCGCCGUCCUGCUGCCGCGGGAGUACCGCCGCCUGCUCGAGGAGCCGGACACUAACAAGGCUGUCACUUCGGAUUCCAGUUCCCACCCAUCAUCUGGAUUCCGCGGCUCCUCGACACUGCUGAGUGACUCGAACCCCCUGCUGGUGUACCGCUACGAGAGUGAGUGCUCGGUCCAGCAGCAGCUGCAGCAACACAAGAAGAAGGCGGAGGGCAAGGUGUCACCACCCGCACUCAGCAAGCGUGGCAUCCUGCGCCAGCAGCAGAAGGAAGACGGCACCGGCCGCCACCACCGCCACCGUCACCAUCGCCACCACCACCUGCGGAAGCCGCCACCGCCACCUCUGGACCCGGAUAAAGACCUCUGUGAUGAUGAAGAAGACUUUGAUGAAGGAGUGGAUGCCGGCACAGAUUCGAGCUACGAGGAGCCGCGGCCGCCCACGCCACCCCUCCCCCGCAGUGCGGCGGCAGACGCCGUUCUCGGCCUCGACGGCCUGCUGAAUGUGAGCGGCCUGUCGUCGGUGCUUGGCUCGGCAGAGAAUCUCGAGGGCUGGGGAGACGACGACAUGAAGAGGCUGAGGAUGCAGGUGAGCAAGUUCCUGUGCGGACAGCGCAGCAAUGUGAUGGCCGACGUCUGCAACGGAGGGGCGCCGCACAACACCCCGGAGCACAGGCACCUGCAAGGUGGCGUGGGGGUGGGAGCGGCCGGAGCUCCCCGCGGGAGUGGCGGCAGCUGCGACUGCUCGGGCGGCUCGGCAUCCUCCUCGGGCCGAUCCUCGUCCGGCAGCAACAGCGGCCGCAAGACUGUCAGCUUCCGCCUGAGCCUGCCGACACCCCCUAACUCUCCGUCUGCCGCGUUGCAGCACCAGCAGCGGCUCUGCCAGGGGAAGCUGGCAGACAAUGAGUCUAGUCCAUGUGAGAAGGCUGUGAGGCCGGCAUCUCUCCUGACACAUGUGCACAGCCCAUCUGUGCCUCUGGCAGCAAUCGACAUUGCACAAAAGAGGGAGCUGGUGACGGCGGUGGGGGACGCGGUGGAACAGGUGGUGAGCCACUUCUCGGCGGCCGAGAACCGGCAGCACUGCUGCGCGCUGGGCGACUCGGUGCGCACGCCGGCGGUGGCGCGCAUCGCGCUCGGCAAGCUCUGCCCCGCGCUCUACGCCGCCCUCUGCGACGGCCUGCGGCCCGAGCUGGACACCGCAUUCGGCCCGAUCCCCAACUCCCUCUGGCAGGUCGUCGAGGCUUCCGCCCAGAAAGAUCCAAUGACAAAGUCUCUAAAUGAACUGGUUCUACGCAUCAACAGUGAAGAUGUUUUCACAGAGGGGAUAAUGAAGUUCAAUGCUUUUGUGUUGGGGCUACUUAACGUACGGUCCCUGGACGCGUGGGUGGGGUACCUGCGGACGCGCGAGUCGGUCCUGCGGCGGUACUACCAGGAGGAGUGCGGGCUGCUGCCACUGGGGAACCUGGGCGGGCCGGCGUGGCGCGGGCUGGCGGACCAGCUGGUGGCGUGCCUGCAGCCGCUGGCACUGCUGCCGUUCCGCCUCGACCUGCUGCACCAGCCGCGACAGCUCGCCGCCCGCCUGUCCCUCUCGCCGCCGGCAGAGACGCCGCGGCCCGCCCGGGGACCGGCGCGCUCAAGCGCCGCGGCUGCCGCCGGGAUCCCGGCGGGCGCACCCGGCUGGAGCCUGCGCGGGCUCGUCAGGUCGAUACACUCGUCCCUGUCGCAGCCGUCACCCCGACAGGGCGGCGGGGAGGAGGAGUCCCAGCUGCCGGAUGUGGUCGGCUCCUCUCAGGCAUGGGAGAACAGCACCCAGCGUCCUCGCUCCUGUGUAGACACAGCGGCUGCCCCAAAUGGCCUCACAUCUCUCACGGACCUGGCUUCAACUGUUCGCAAGAGGUGGUCGGGAAUCCAGCUGGGCUCGAGGCUCUUCCAGGCCUUCGACCGGUUGGGAGCAGAAGACGACUCGGACCCUGACGCAGAUACGGACGAUGUAGAGGUGGACGAAAAUGUGGCCCGACCGGAGCCGGACAGCUUGGAGCCGCAGGAGAAGCAGCCACCGACGACGCGGGGACAGAAGGCGACGGCUGACGCGCGGCCGGCGACCACGGCAGCAGAGCGCGGGGCAGUUGGGCAGCCAGCGGGCUCUUCGCCACAACCGGCUGCCGCUGGGGGCAAGUUCCGCCGGCUGCAGAUGAAGUGGGAGCUGCUUAGUAACAAGGAACCGUCUCUGUCCCCACAAUCUGGGGGCAGCAGCAAAACCACCUCACCUUCGGAGAGCAGCCCGUCGUGCGUGUCUUCUAACCACAGCAGCAGCAGUGGGGGACCGGCCGCCUCUCCCGGGGGGCGUGCUGGUGCGGGCAGUCGCAUCCCGAGGCCCGUCGCCUCGCCCACCCGCCAGCAGCCGUCCGGCAUCCCCGUGCUGUCGCCGGCCGCCGCCAGGGUGCCCAACGGCAUAGUGACGAGGCGCUCUUCAUCUGUAACACCGGCAUCUUCGAGGCGGGUCUCUGCGCCGCCUUCUACACCAGUUUCCGCAAAGACAUCUCCGCCGGCGCCGGCGGAAGCCACCGAGAACGGAACUGUCGCGGGGGCCGGUAAGCGCGGGAUCCCGCGGCCCAGCAGGGUGGACCGCGUCUCCUCCGGUGCGCCCGCUCCCCGGCCGAGCAGUCUGCCGUACGGGCAGACCGGGGCGGCGCGGGGCGGGGGCACCCGUCAGCAGCAGAGGCGGCCCGUGUCAGUGUCUGCGGGGAGGACGGCGGGCACGGGGGCGACGGGUGCCUCCUCCUCUCCACGGUUCGUCCGGACACUGUGCCACCGGCUGCCGUCUGACGCGGGCCACCUCGCCUUCAACGAGGGCGAGCGUCUGCGCGUCGUGCUGGAUGUCGACGAUAGCUGGCUGCUCUGCUGCCGCGGAGACCAGAAGGGACUCGUUCCGCGCUCGGCCGUCGUCUAGCGGUCCGGCGCCCUCUGCUUCCCACGCUAGGACACCCCACCUGUCUCUGUACCUGUUUGCUUCUUCGGGCAGUUCGGCACCUAGUGUUGCUGAUAUCAUCGAAAAGUAUGAAGUAAACAGGAGAUUCAAAAAUUUUUUUUUUCUGUUGUGCAUAACAGUAUCGAGUUUUGUAUUGUUUAGGAACUGCAAAGGAAUAAUUUCUCGUGCAGCAUUGUAGUGAGGAAGAUAUUGUUCAUAAUUAAAUGGUGGUAUUCACACGUUUCAUCGGGUUUAUAGUAGGACAUUGCUGUGUGUUAAAAACUUGAACAUAUUUAUUCCCCAGAACUGCUAUUUCAUUAAUGUUAGCAAAGUCUGCUCUCCAUCGUGCAAACCAAAGUUAUUUCCAAAAACAAAAAAAAUGCCAACUCACAACUGGUAUUUUGUAAUGUUAUGCGACAAUUUCAGGUCGUGUCCAGACAAGAAAUGUAAGCUUUGUUUCUUAAAAGAUUACCUUGUUCACUCUUUCUUUUUCUCUCUAAAUAUUCAUUUUUUGAUAGCUUAUUCCCAGAAAUUUACUGCGAGCCAGUUCGAUAAACAUUAUACAUUGCCUACAACCCUUUCCUGGCAUGUAAAAUGUCAUAAGAUGCGACUUGAAGUGAUAUAUAUUCUGCAGUACAUAAUAUCUAUUUCACAUUAUUAGCAGCCAUGUAGUUGUUACUACCAAGUGGCAUAUCCACCUAUGUGGCUGGAGUUUCGGAAUCUUUUAAGGCUGUGCAUAUAAGAAAGAAAUGAUUAAUUAUUAAUAAUCUUUGCAGUAGUAUCAUAUAUGGGCAGUGAGCUACAUGCUAAUCUUGGGAGAGAGGAACGGUAUUUCUGUUGUAUCAUUCUGGGUGCUAAAUGGAAGAUUACAAGGGGCAUAGGAAUGUGACAACAGUAGAAUUGUGUUGCUGUUAAAUAUCAUUACACUUUUUGUAUUUUGAUCCAGUGCAACGGUCGAUCUGCCACUUUGUGGAACAUGUCUAUAUUUAUAUACUCUCCCUUAAGAAUUAAGUAAUUGUAGAAUAGCCACUCUGUGUAACCCUCAGAAAAUGUGUGUGUAUUGUCUGGGUUAAUUACUUUAUUAGUAUUUUAUAUGGCACACUCCUGUUUUGUUUCUUGGCUGUUUGUUGUUUAAUCUUUAGUCUGCAGCUGCUCUACUGUGAGAGUUUGUGUAACAUUUAUGUAAGAAAUACCAAAGACUACAUCAUAAAUGAUAGGAAUUAACACGAUGCAAUUUUAGCAUCUUUAUUUUCUACCUGUAAAGAGUCUCAGUAAUGGAUAACAUUUAGUGUGUGAUCACUAAAUGUUAUGGAGAUAGGACAGAAUUGUGUGGAGAAGUUCUUGUUUCUUUUCUCCUUAGUUCUUUUUGCAAAAGAGAGAUUAGAGCUGAAAGCUAACGAAGUACGAAUGGUGGAAAUGUGUCCCCCGUUUCCAGAUGCGCAACUUUCAUAUCCUAAGAAGCACGUAGUGUAAUUUAUGAAGUGGAUAUAUUUAUUAGGUACUCUUUCACCUCUCCUCAUCCUUUUAAUAAUUUAAAAUACUGACUGAAAAGUGACCUUUGCUACUUGUGUAGACCUAUUAUAUUAUACUUUUUAAUAUCUGUGUAUAUGUGUAAGAAAAUUAUUGGCUUGUCCUUUUUUAUUUGGCAUUGCCAGUUUUGUAAUGUUGUUGUAUAUACGUUAUACUUCUUUUGUGACUUUGUAAAUAGAAUAUUGGAUAUUUGUAUUGUGACACUGGUGUUUGCAAAAAUCAUGUUCUGCUUUUAAGACAUAUGGAUAUGCAAUAAUACAUAUAUGUGUAUUUCAUAAAAAUCUUGUUUUUAUUUGCUUUACACAGUAUUUCAAAAGAUGUAAUACAUUUCAGUUUGAAAUGCAGGCUUGUGUAAAUCAACUGUAACUGUUAUACUUUAUUUGAGAAAUACAUGCAUAAAAAAUAGUGUGG